UACUCGCGGGGUGAGAAGAUGAGUCGACCCAGCGGUGGCCUCGGUGAAAAACGGGUCAAGCUAAAUGGAGGAGACCCGGGAGGUCAUCACUGUGAACCGGUCAAUACUCACUCUGCAGCAGCAGCGGCGGCGGCGGCGGCGGGUCCGGAACAUGGUCCCGACUCAAAACUACUGUCCGCCCUCAAGAGAGACUCUCAGGCCAGGAGAGUGGACCUGACAGGGAGAGAGUAUUACAGCGAGGAGGGGAAGACCUUUCAACUGCGUCUCGUUGGGAAAAUAAAACAACAGUUAAGCGCUGAUCCCACCCUUUGUCCAGAGUAUCCACCUUCUCUUGGGCUAACAGAAUUCACCAGGCGAGCCAAUGAGGCCAUUUUGGGGAAGAGCUCCCGGGCUAUAAUGGAGAGCCGGGUGUUGGGUGUCCAGACCCCCGGUUUUACUGCUGCUGUGCGCCUCGGGGCUGAACUCCUGAGGCACUGCUUCGGUGCUGCUUGGUGCGGUCCGGUCUACCUCUCCUCCCCUUGCGAUGACUCAUUGGCUGGCAUCUUCCAGGCAGCGGGGAUCCAAGAUAUCCGUCAGUAUUAUUACUGGGAUGAUAAGCUGCGGUGCAUUUGUUUGGAGAAGCUUCUGCAGGAUCUGGAGGGGGCUCCUGAGCAAAGUGUUGUUGUUCUGUCAGCGUCUGCCCAUUACCCAACCGGAGCAGAUCUCUCUCAGGAUCAGUGGACUGUGAUUACACAACUAAUCAUGAGGCGGAGGCUCUUCCCUUUCCUCUUGCUGCCUGCUCAGGGGCUCUGCUAUGGAGAUUUUAAGCGGGAUGCCUGGCCUGUACAGCUCUGUGCAUCCCAAGGCAUGGAGCUCCUUUGUGCUCAGUCCUUCUCCCACUGCUUUGGCCUUUACGGUGAGGCUGUGGGUCACCUCCUGUGCGUGUUGAAGCAGAGCUCCCUCCUGUUAUCUCUGCAGUCUCAAGCUGUCAAAUUAGUCAGGUCACUGUGGGCCCGGCCGUCUGUGGGAGGAGCAGAUGUCGUCACCACUGUGCUCAGUAACCCAGCCCAUCUUGCUGAAUGGCAGGGAGAAGUUAAGCGCAUGGUUGAGAGAAGUAAGCUGAUCAGAGACAUUUUGAGAGAGAAGCUGAGGCUUCUGGGAACUCCAGGCUGCUGGGACCACCUGACCCAACAAGGUGGACUCUACUGUUGUACAGGCUUGAAUGAUCAGCAGGUGGAAUUUCUGACAAAGAGGAGACAUGUGAACCUCCUUCCCAGUGGCUGUCUGAAUGUGAGCGCAAUCAACGGCAGUAACCUGAAGUAUAUAUCUGAGUCCAUCCAUCUGGCCAUGACCACUUCACCAUGAUCACAUGGCUUUUGAAAUCAAGAUCUGAAAUCUGUGUCACAGGGGCUUUCAGGCUUCAGUCAAAUAAUGAAAUACUCUGUUUCCUGUAAUUAUUAUUACAGCUGUGGCAAUCACAAAGUAAAUGUUGUUACGAUAGUUGUAGUUAACAAAGGAGAAUGAUUGCAUAUUGAACCUGCGCUGACUUUUGAUGAUAGAAGUCCAGUCAUUAGUAACUGUAAAAUAGACCUGACCCUUCAACAAAAUGUGCUGUGAUUGUUUUUGGCAAAUGUUCCUCCUCUGCUUUUGACGUUUCAUUUUCAUAUGGUAAAAUCUCUACAGCUACAGCCAUCAGCUAGUUAUCUUAGCAGAUUGGCAAAGGUGACAAAAUGCAACAGCCACCACUUGUAUAAUUCAAUGAACAUGCUUCUUCUGGUUGCUUUAAUACCAAAAAAAUCCUGUAAUUGUCAAUUUGCAAUCUCUGUUUCAGUUUACGCAAGUUAGGCAGCGUCUAUACCCGUGUUUAACCCUGGUUGAGAGGCGGUCCAGACCAUAGACUGUAUAUAAAGAUAGACACCAUGACAGCUCCUCAAAAGUGAAGCCAAAUCAUCUGAAUUGCCCCCUGGUGGCUGGAUGCAGUAUUGGUCAUAAACUCCACCUCCUGCACGUUAACAUAUAUACAUGGACCAAACUAAAAAUCAAAUUUUACUCAAACAUGGUUUCUUUCAUUUUAGGAAUAGCUCUAAUGUUUGUUCAAGUGCAAAUAUUUCUGAUAAGUUUUAAGGUAAAACGUCUGGACACAGACUUGUGAUUGGUCGAGCGCAUGUACAAGCAGGACCUCGAUACUGCAGCUCCAUGACUCUGGCUGCAAAUGACCUCAAAAUCUGUAUCAGCGAUAUUUUGGAUACAUUUUUGUACAAUGGGAGGAAGUGAAGAUGCGUCAUCCAUCUUUAUAUACAGUUUAUGGUUCAGACCCAUUGACCUGUGCAGACAGAAAGGCCACAUUUUCAAACCCCUAAACCAGGACCCCUGUAUGUGAGCACAUGUAUCCAUCAUAGGUAUUUUCAUCUGGAUGGGAGACAAUUAUUUGAGUACUCAGCACAGCUAUAUGCACCUCUCAACACCAUGGACACUAGGACUCCAGCCAUUCCCCACUGUGUUCAGUCUUACAGAUUACAUUAAUGCUAAGCUAAGAGGCCCCUGGCUGUAGCAUACUGUAUUUAACAAAGAGUGGUAUCAAACGUAUCAUCAAACUCUCAGCAACACAGUCUAUUCCUAUAAAAAUGUUCCUUUGUGUAUAUAUUGGGCUUGUUAAUGUGAUUAAUGCUAUUUAUGUGUCAUUUUAAAGUCAUUCCAUGUUAAACUGACUUGUGAAACGUCUCUAAAUUUGUGAAUUUAGAGACGUUAUAAUAUUUUCUGUGGCUAUAUACUCUGGAUAUUGUUAGAAACAACAGGCUCUGCAGAAACCAGCACUAUCUAAUAUAAUGUGAAUCAAGAGCUUAUCAGAGGCCUGAGGGUAACCUUUAGAGGGAUAAGCCUCAGACAAGCAGCCGUAUAUUGGUUGCUGCGUUCAAAGCAAAAAGGAUGCUGCAUGCAUUCCUUUCAAGGUUACAGUGAACAGCAGGCAGAGAAAUCUCAAACGUAUUGAAAACAUGUGCACUUAAUAGUUCAGCUGGAUAAACAACAUUGACUAAAACACUGUCACUGCUUCUCUCAAGUGAGUCUGAUGCACUCUGGUGCAAACAUUUGAGAUUUUUCUAUCCAUAAGCUCAAGGCAUUUCUUAUCAGGUUGGAUUCUUUUUAGAUACCACAGCUCAAUAAUGCGACCAAAGUAUUUUUAGCCACACAUUAAGAAUUUCUCUUCAUCCAUCAGACUCAUGUGUAAGUGCACGACUGCACCAUUGACAUAAGAAAUCAAACCAUAUAUAUAUAAGAUAUAUUUUCUU